AUGUCGGAAGUUCUAGGUGACGACCAUCCAGAUACACUAGCAGCCAAAAUUAAAUAUGCCGCAAGGUUAUUGCUCAGGAAGGAUCUGCCCGGAGCUGCGAGAUUAUGCGAAGAAGGCCUGAGCAAGAUGGCACAAUUACUCACAAUGCUACAAUAUAAAGGGGGUGCGUUAAACGAUCCGGAGAUUGCAGAGAAAGAGGCACAUAAAAAGAUGACAAAAAUGAUGGGCAACAAGUGCAGUGGCAUUACGAAGGCUAUGCUGGGACUUUCAUACGUACUACAAAUUCUAGACAGUUAUCUGCAAGCGCAGGACGUUGAGAAGAACAUGAUUGAGAGGUCACAGAGUUUCUUAAACGAGCAAACAAGAAGGAGAAAACACACUUUCGGGGAGAAGGAACCUGAAUCUAAUUUCGCUGUAGAGAACUAUACCAAGUUACUUGCAAUGCUGGGGAGUUCUGGCGAAGCAGCAGCAAGUCAAAGGGAAGUUCUGGAGAAAUGGCAAUUAAUAUCGAGCAAAGAGGAUCCUGCUGUUAUUGAAAGUAUGGGCGGCUUUGCAGACAUACUCCAAGCACAGGAGUGCCCUUCUGAAGCUGAGCCAGUACGGAAAGAGGCUAUUGAGAAAAGCAAAGAACUAUCUGAUGAAGGUGGAGUAAUUGAAAACAUGGAGUAUCUUGCGGCAAUCUUACUACAACAGGAAAAAUUCCCAGAUGCAGAAGAACCGCAACGAGAAGCCUUGAGGAAGCGGCAACUUUUAUUAAAUCCCCAUGCCACUCCGGAUGCGUCGGAGGGUCUCGCGGUAAUUCUUCGAGACCAAGACAAACUUCCCGAGACAGAAAGAGUACAAAAAGAAGUUCUUGAGAAGAGGCGAGAAUUGUCAGACGAAGAUGAUCCUGAAAUGUUGAGUGCCAUGGACAUUCUAGCUGAAAUCCUUCGACGACAAGGGAAAUUCUCGGAAGCAGAGGGAUUGCAGAGAGAGGCCUACGAAAAAUGGAAAAUGAAAGAUGCGGAUAGUGAAAAUACCAUUUCAAGCGGCUCCAGGUUUGCUGAUAUUCAAUUUGGACAAGGAAAUCAUGAAGCACUCGGACUCCGUAAAGAGGUUACUGAGAAAAGGAAACGACUCCAGGAUAAAGAUGACUCUCUUCUUAAGGGCGGAGUAGAGCGCUCUGGAAAGGAACCAUUUUAA